UGACCUUUGUUGGCUGUCAGCCUAGUCAAAAAUAGACCCAGCUACUGGCUGUGAAAACGAUAUUCCCCUCCUGACUCCGCAGCUCACAGCUCCAGCCGCUACAGUGAAUAGUCGAUAUCUUUUAAACAUGGAUUCCGCCACGGCAGCGAACAGCUUUCGACAUUUGUGCACGGAGAGCGAUUUUCCACCUCGGAGGCGACAACAAGUGAGCUAGCUGUCUGCUCGCUCGCUCGCUCGCUCGCCGCCCUCUCCUCCUCGUACCUGUGUUGUCAGACAGGUUAGCGUAAGUCUCGGACAGGUGAACGUUGCAAAGUGAAACGGCUAACAGCGGAGCCGCUCGGCAGCUAACCUUAGCUAGCUUAGCUUUAUUUCUCGCCGUUUAGAAAGCGACACCAGUCUCGGUUGCAUAAGCUAAAACAUCUUUCAAGCCAUGGCCUGUAGUUUCCUAAACACGGAUGAGGCGUCUCCACCGGCUCUGACCGACCUGUGUCUGACCCAUGUGAGCCAGAACCUGGAGUGUUUCUGUGUGAAGCGUCCUGAUGGCUCCCUGUGCUUCAGAGAGGCUGUGCUCUUCCCUCAGGAGCUCGCAGACCAGCUGCUGGCUAAGAUGGCCACUGAAGGUCUGCUGAAUGACAGCACAGUGGGUGUAUUUCGGAACUGUGAAUACCUGCGGCUGAGACGAGCCUGCGUCCGUACAGCACGAAUCUCUGCAGAGGCCUUCCAGAAAGCCCUCUGUCCUCACAGGCUGUUGGAGCUGGACGCUGCCAGGGUCAACGCAGACCUCACUAUUCCUGAUAUUCUACAGGGACUGGCCACCAAUAAAUAUUGUCAGGAGUCCCUCCAGCGACUUGUCUUAACAGGCCUCACCAUGUCCUCUCUGGAGGAACCAAUCCGGUAUCGCUUCAGCUCCCUCCAGGGCCUCCGCUCCCUGUCUCUAGCCAACGUAGACUUCUAUGACUCUGGGCUUGUUGAUGUUUGUUCGCUGCCUCGGCUGGAGAGCCUCGAUCUUUCCAACACUUCAGUCACCAACCUGAGCCCACUGCUGGGCCUGAAGGAGCGGCUGCGCUCGCUAACGCUGCACCAGCUGAAGAGGCUGGAGAUGAGCACUGCUCAGCUGCUGGGAGUCAUAGGCCAGUUGGAUGUGUUGCAGCACCUGGACAUCAGUGAUGACAAGCAGUUUACCUCUGACGUGGCUCGUCAGCUGCUUGGACAGCCAGGGAUCCUGCCUGCUCUUGUUUCUUUGGAUGUCUCAGGGAGGAAACAGGUGACGGAUGCAGCUGUCAAGGCUUUUGUUGAGGAGAGACCAGGGAUGACCUUUGUGGGACUUCUGGCCACAGAUGCUGGCUUUUCUGACUUCCUCUCUGGAGAAGGAAAUCUAAAGGUAACAGGAGAAGCUAAUGAGACCCAGAUCUGUGAGGCCCUGCGUCGCUACAGUGAGAGAGAAGGCUUUGUGAGAGAGGCUCUGUUUCAUCUCUUCAGCCUGACGCAUGUCAUGGAGAAACCCAGGCCCGACAUCCUCAAACUGGUAGUUUUGGGUAUGAAGAAUCACCCUGCCACUCUGAAUGUCCAGCUGGCAGCCAGUGCCUGUGUGUUCAACCUGACAAAGCAGGACCUGGCAGCAGGAAUGCCAGUGCGACUGCUGAGCACCGUCACUCAGCUUCUGCUGGAGGCCAUGAGGACGUUCCCCAACCACCAACAGCUGCAGAAGAACUGCCUGCUGUCUCUGUGCAGCGAUCGCAUUUUGCAGGAGGUUCCAUUCAACAGGUUUGAAGCUGCCAAACUCGUGAUGCAGUGGCUUUGCAACCACGAAGACCAGAACAUGCAGAGGAUGGCUGUGGCGAUCAUUUCCAUACUGGCUGCUAAGUUGUCCACAGAGCAGACGGCUCAGCUGGGAGCAGAGCUGUUCAUCGUCAAGCAACUGCUCCACAUUGUGCAUCAGAAGGCUACUCAGGGCGUGGUGGACGCCACCCUCAAAUUCACACUGAGUGCACUGUGGAACCUCACUGAUGAAUCGCCAACAACCUGCCGCCAUUUCAUCGAGAACCAGGGCCUGGAUCUGUUUAUUAAAGUUCUAGAGUCCUUCCCCAAUGAGUCCUCGAUCCAGCAGAAGGUUCUCGGUCUGCUGAACAACAUAGCUGAGGUCGGAGAGCUUCAUGUGGAGCUGAUGGUGCAGGGCUUCUUGGACCACAUCAGCAACCUGCUGCACAGCCCAGAGGUGGAGGUCAGCUACUUCGCCGCGGGCAUCCUCGCACAUCUGACGUCACGGGGGGAGGCAGCCUGGACGCUCAGCCCUGAGCUUCGGUCCUCGCUGCUGGAGCAGCUGCAUGAUGUCAUUAUGCAGUGGCCCCCGCCUGAGUGUGAGAUGGUGGCCUACAGGUCAUUCAACCCCUUCUUUCCCCUACUGGAGUGCUUUCACACCCCUGGUGUCCAGCUGUGGGCAGCCUGGGCCAUGCAACAUGUCUGCAGCAAGAACGCCGCUCGCUACUGCAGCAUGUUGUUGGAGGAAGGCGGCCUGCAGCAGCUGGAACUUGUGCAUACGCACCCACAGACCCACAAAGACGUCAAACUGUUGGCGAAGAGCAUUCUGGAGAGCCUGCAGCGCCACAGAGCCCGCACCGGUCAGCCUGCACAAACACAUACGAGUCGCCGCCCACCGGCGCAAUAACCUCACAGAGAAAAUGAGGCUCCCUGACCAAGAGGAGGAUGUGAGCUGGGUCCCACCACAGAGGGGAUUUUGUAUGUGUGUGUGUGAGUGCAUACCCCACGCACAAACACACUUUAUCAAGAAUGGCGAGAACAUUUAAGGACAAAGACUUUGCAGUUCUUUGCACACACACUAACUUUAUUUAUUUUCUUUGUGUUUGUUUCAAAACAAAAAAAAUGUUUCUGUGUGUGCUAAUGUCGUGAUAAAAAAUUAAAUUAUGAGAACUGUCGAUCAGUUACGCUCAAAUCUCAACAGGAGGUUUGUUUCUGUGCUCGCUCGUUAGUCUGACAUCAUGAUGAUUUUCAUACCAAAAAAAAAAAACAGUUGUCAGUGCACAUGUACAAAUCUCAGUGUGGGAUUGAACCCCCCACCCCCCCACCCCCCCCAAAAGCUCCGCUGAGGAUCGACACCCUCCAGCUCCCAUAUGUUACUGAGGGCUCUGGUUGCCGAAUUGGUCGAUUAGCUUAUUAGAUAUACGCAUGACGCUGCCAUGAGCUCAAGCAUGCUGGAGUUUGUCUGAACGCUCGUAAUGUUCAUUUUAGGAAUGCUUGCUUGUUUGUUUUGUAGCAGUGUUCUGUUCACUGACACCCACGCCUCUGGGUCCUCAAUACUGCUGUUGCUCUCCUCUUUAUUUAGUCUUUUAUCAGCUAAUGCCUUUUGAUUUGAUGUGACAGGACACUUGCCCAGGGUGUGUUCAGUGGGUUCAAAUGUUCCAAACAUUAAAGAUGAAAACCUAAAUUAUAGAGAAGUUACAUGUCUUUGAGAAGCUCCAGUGCGUUUUCUUUUUUAAACAUUUGGCAGCCCUAAAUGUGUCGUAUCAGCGGCAAACCAGCAGUUCUGUAAAUCAGAAGAUCCAGAGUUCAAAUAAGCUGAAAUGAUACCGUCAAUUAUGUUUGGAAAACUACAUGUCCUCCUUGGACACAAAUGGCAAUAAGUGGUCAGUAUAGUCAUGAUGAAUGUACAUGUGUUUUGAGUCAGAGCUGUGUUCUCUUUGAGAAACUUGUGUAUAUAUCGGUAUGUUUGCUGUGCUUCCCUGUGCGUCUGAAAGACAGAGACAGAGCUUCAGUGUGAGCAUGUGUAUGUACGUCUGUACAAGCAGCUGCAUCAUAAAGGCUGUGUCAUUUGUAAAUACUAGGAAAUGAGAGAGAAAUAGGAAUGUUUUGUUUGUUUUUUUUUCAGGACUAGUUGAAUUGAUUGCAUGGAAAUUAUUAUACAGUAUGUUCUAGGCUUGGGCGGUAUCAAGGUAUGACCAUAUACGGAGGUAUUCAGAGAUCCUGAAAGUUUGAUUUUCAAUACAGUCAAAAAUACAGACGCUCCUCUUUCUUAAGCCGUGUUUAUACUUGUGCGUCAGCUCUACGCCAUACCCCAAACACGUGGCCAACACCGUUGUGAGCAUUUAUACUCCAAAACACUAGUGGGCAGCAGGGUUUCUGUGAAGUGCAGUAAAGUUUAGUUGAUUCAAAACACAUUAAACAUGGCUUAAUAGUGACAGUUUCAAACACAAAUCAGCUUCACUAUAACUUGCAGCAUUCACAAACACUUGUCUUUAUCUGGACACAUUUUCCCCACAAAUACAACAUGCUAACAUUAUUAGCACAAGCCUAUGGCAUUUUACAGUGUAUAAAUUAGCCUAGCAAGGAGUCAGGGUAAAGUAAAACCUAAGAUUUAAACACAUACAUGUUAGAGAACACUUGUUGAAAACCUGAAAAGACUGGGAUCUAUAUUGGACUAAAUCGUGGAGUUAGACCGUUAAACUGUUGUCCAGGAUUUUUUGUGCGACAACCUGAGUUUUUUUGUUGUUGAAAAAAUAAAUAAAAAACUACUAUUCUGUUGCAAACUGAGAAGAACUAGGUUGUUGAACGAGGUAUUUUCGGGCAGGUCAGUGUCCUCUUUUGAUUUACCCGGACUUUAGAAACGUAGCAUUGUAAGCUAGACUGAUAGACAUGCUACAAUGACUCCUGUCACCAGGAUCUCAGCUUUUACACUUUGUUUUUGUUUGUUUGUUUUACACAAAUACCAUCAUAUACCGUAUGACCCAGUAAAAUGUCAGGAAGGUAUGAAAAUACAGAUACCGCCCAAGCCUAGAAUGUUGCGUUGUUUGUUUAUCUGAGAAUUAUGAUAAGAACAAAGUAAACACAGAGAAGGAACACAGUUUACCUGAAGAGAGUGGGGGUGUUAUUGGAAAUAUUUCUGCUCUGAAAUGACUGGACAUGUGACGUUAGUAUCAGGACCAGGAGGGUGUUUUACUAGGUAUUCUGCAGAAGCCACUUUCUGUAGGAGCUGACCUCGAUGCCCACAUUCUCCCACAUUUUCAUCAGAGGUCUUUCUCUCUGCAGUCAAAGCUAAUGCUGCUUAUAUGAACUGCUGUCAGACCCCUGAUACAACAGUUUUGAGGCACAGUGGAUUUUGGCUUCAGCAGACUUGUAUGUUAAUGGAAUAAAGAGAAUAUAUCAGGCGAGUAUUAAAAAAGUACUCUAAAACAAGCAAAUCCAUCACCUUAUUUGCUCAGUGAAUUUCAGCCUUAUUGUUUUCUGUAAAUCAGCUGUUGUACAAGCUUGCUAAUUAUGCACGUGUCCUGAGCUGAUCUCUUCAGUUUCGAGGAGGGCAAAGAGCAGCAGAUUACAUAGAAUCUGAUGUUUUGGAUUGUUUAUUCGAGCCUCUGAACAUCUCCCUGGAACACGGCCAGUUUAAUUUCUCACAAUUCAGAUGGUAGAAACAAAAAGUCAAGCUACUGUAUGUCUGCCAUGACUGUGCCAUGUCGCUGCCGAGAGUCACAUUUUCAAGUUUGGAAAUAAAGAAUGUACAUUCCCAUAAACUGGA